AUGAUGGACAACCCCUUCAGCGCGGCCGGCUCCCGCAUCGUCGGCGGCCAUGACGCUUUGCCCGGAUCUUGGCCUUGGCUGGUGAGCUUACAACAACCCCUGGACUACGAAGGACAAGAUUUCGGCCACACGUGCGGCGGCUUCCUCGUCAACCAAUGGUGGGUCCUGACCGCCGCCCACUGCUUCAAAGGAGUCGGCAGCGACUACCUCCAAUGGCGGCUGGUGCUGGGGGCCCGCCAACUCUCCGACCUAGGACCGGAAACCGAGGUCAGACGGAUCGCCAGGAAGAUCGAACACAAAGGAUACAACCCGCAGACCGAACAAAACGACAUCGCCCUCCUGCUCCUGGACCGCGCCGUCAAGCACAGCGACUACAUUCAGCCGGCCUGCCUCCCCCGCAGAGACACCAUCACCGAACAUCUGACCGAAUGUUACAUCGCCGGAUGGGGCGCCACCAGCGAGGAUUCGGGCGUUCCGGUGGACAUCCUCCAGGAGGCUCAGGUGCACCUCAUUGACGUGAAGAAGUGCAACAGUAGCAGCUGGUACAACGGCGCUGUCGGGAAGUACAAUCUGUGUGCCGGAUACGAGAGAGGAGGGAUCGAUAGCUGCCAGGUAUGGGGCGUCAUCGUUAUUUUCUGA